AAUGGAUAAAACAAGCGAGAAACACGGAGCUAGCGCAGCGCACGGUGUGAGAAGUAUGCAUUAGCUGGUUCCGCCCAGGACCCACAGAACCAUCCUCUGUGAGCGGAGCCACAGGUCCAAUACAAAGGGCUGUAAACAGCAGCCCGGUCAGCACCAGCAUCGAGAGGCAUCUGAGGGCAGCAGGAGCCACUUGUCGGACCGUCAGCGAUCUUUGUGCCCGAGGGUCCGCUCAGUUCGGCAGAUGUGGAACGAUUCAGAGCUUGGCCAUCAUGAUGUCAAUGAACUUUCUGGUCACUCAUUGGCUGAUCAGCUUAAUACGAGCAGCAUCAUGUCAGUGAACCCACCAAGCAGCAAUGACGCGUGCCUGAGCAUCGUCCACAGCCUCAUGUGCCACCGGCAGGGCGGAGAGAACGAGGGCUUUGCCAAGCGUGCCAUUGAGAGCCUGGUGAAGAAGCUGAAGGAGAAGAAGGACGAGCUAGACUCGCUUAUCACUGCCAUCACCACCAAUGGUGUUCAUCCCAGCAAGUGUGUCACCAUUCAGAGGACGCUGGAUGGACGGUUGCAGGUGGCAGGGAGGAAAGGCUUUCCUCAUGUGAUUUAUGCACGGCUGUGGCGCUGGCCUGACCUCCACAAGAAUGAGCUCAAGCAUGUCAAGUUCUGCCAGUACGCCUUUGACCUGAAGUAUGACAACGUGUGUGUGAACCCCUACCAUUAUGAGAGGGUGGUGUCACCAGGCAUUGUGGGUCUCAGCCUUCAGAAUACAGUCGCACAGGCUGUUCAAACAGCUGAGACAGAACCAGCUGACAUGCAAAUGGACCGCGUUAUAGCCCGUUCGUCUUGUGAUUUGUUUGAAGGAAGAGACUAUAUAUUGGCAGCACCGGGCCGGCUGAUCAAAGAGGAAUACAUCCAUGACUGUAUCCAGAUGGACCUUCCCCCUGGCAUGCCUCUGUCUGACCACCAGGCUGCCCUGAAGCUGCCUCCUCCAGACCACUAUGGCCCGCCUCUGCCUCCCCCACAGCUGUCUUCUGAGCCUCAUGGACCCCCACCUGUUACCAGAUACCCUAACCUACCUGUCUCACCCGAAGUGCCCGGCUCUGGCUCCAUGCUGCCACUGCAGGGCAGUCAUGGUGACAGCCGUCUUCAAACUCCAUCUCCACAGGCUCAAGUCAUUCAGCCACGGCCUCCAACCCCAACCCAGUCCCCCCCUCAGCAGCCAGCUGCUCAGCAGCCCUCGCAGCCCCCUCACCCACAGCAGAACCCUCUACCUCUUUCUCACGCCCACAGACAGAACGGAUACAGCAGCAAUAAACACUCUCAGAGUCAGCCCGCCUUCCACACAGUUUGGACGGGCAGCAGCACGGCUUCGUACGCUCCCAUUGGGUCCCAGCAGAAUGGGCGGGCUCACCAACAACCUCCCCUCCAUCAUCCAAACCACCACUGGUCUCAGCAUCACGGAUCAAACGCUUUCCCUCCGUCUGUGUCCAAUCAUCCAGGACCAGAGUUUUGGUGCUCUGUCUCCUACUUUGAAAUGGACGUUCAGGUUGGUGAGAUGUUCAAGGUGCCCUCCAGCUGCCCUGUUGUGACUGUGGACGGCUAUGUCGACCCGUCAGGAGGCGAUCGCUUCUGCCUCGGCCAGCUGAGUAACGUCCAUCGCACCGAUGCCAGCGAGAGAGCCAGGUUACACAUAGGUAAAGGUGUGCAGCUGGAGUGUCGCGGUGAGGGGGAUGUGUGGAUGCGCUGUAUGAGCGACCACGCUGUGUUUGUACAGAGCUACUACCUCGACAGGGAAGCAGGCCGAGCACCAGGCGAUGCGGUGCACAAGAUCUACCCUGGAGCCUACAUCAAGGUGUUUGACCUGCGGCAGUGCCACCGACAAAUGCAGCAGCAGGCAGCCACGGCUCAGGCUGCAGCUGCUGCACAGGCGGCCGCCGUGGCGGGGAACAUUCCUGGUCCUGGGAGCGUCGGCGGCAUUGCGCCUGCAGUUAGUCUGUCUGCCGCGGCGGGUAUCGGUGUGGACGACCUGAGGCGGCUCUGUAUCCUGCGGCUCAGCUUUGUGAAGGGCUGGGGACCGGACUACCCCCGUCAGAGCAUCAAACACACCCCCUGCUGGGUGGAGGUCCACCUGCACCGCGCUCUGCAGCUUCUGGAUGAGGUGCUGCACACGAUGCCGUUGACUGACCCACGGCCUGCAAACUGAGGAUCAAGACCGUGUUCAAAUUCCAAUCUGGAUUCUUCAAAUGUGCGCAUCGCAGACACAAGUUUGAAUAUUUUUGCUUAUAAUAUGCCAUCUAAAUGAAACACAAAACAAUCAGAAACAUACAGAAAACAAAUGAUAAACAACAAAUAAUGCUUGUAACAAUCAGCGCACUCAUCACUCAUGCUUCUCACAGACACACACCGACCGUAACCAAAAGGUCUGUCCAACCAUAUGAAUGCUGAUGCUUUGGGAUUAUUCUAAUGCUCUCAUCUCUGAAAUCUGAAGUCAAACACAAGCAAAGUGGAUGUCUGAGGGUUACGAUUCUCAGUUUGUGUUGUGACCAAUUUGUCUCUGUCCGAAAGACGUUUGAAUGCACUGUAAAAAUCCAGGGAUGUGUUUCAGAAAUCCAGUUUUCUUAUAUGCAAGUAGGAUUUCUUCUAAUUGUAGGAGUGUUCUGCUCAUUCACUCAUGGAAAACACAUGAGUGAAUGUAAAAAUCCUGUUAGGAGUCCAAAACACUCCUGACAGAUAAAUGCAUACCUCUGGAAAUGCUGUCAGUAAAUUCACAGUGAAUACGAUCAGCAUUACACUUCUCGUUAUGUCUUAUCAACAGCAGAACUGAUGAACUAAGCAAGCCAGUGUCGGUCAUCUCUGUGCUCGUGCUGCACUCGUCGCAGUGUUGAUUUAACUCAAACUGUUAGCAAUGAUAGCUGGAUAGCCCUCCUGUUACACUAACUAUAUUAUUUUUUUUAACCAAAAGACUAAAAAGCCAAAAACAUUUAGCUUUAAAGUAGUGUUGUUGUUUGUAAUGAAACAGUGCUACCCUGUAUGUAACCAAAUGGUUGGUGUCCAUCACCAAAGCAGGAAUACCUCAUAAGUACAGCACAAAGUCACAGUUUAGUUUUCUGCCCAAGCAGCACACGCUCUCUCCACCAGUCUGUGACCGGGUACCAAACCAACCGCCAGCCCUCCCAGCCCAUCCUGACUGCAGCCACUAGUCCGCCUUGUGUUUCUUUAGCGUUACGCUGUGUGUGCUCUCAUGUGUUGUGGCAGCACUGGAAACCUGUACUGCUCGUUGUUACUCUGGAAUAGUUGCUAUACUCAGUAGUUUUACAGCAAAAUGGGCUCAUGGAAGAGAGUAGCAGUGAGUUGUGAUGUGCAGAGACAGAAACCUGAGUCCUUGUAUGGUCAGACCAAAAACCCGGCUUCAGCCUGUGCAUGUGACACCAGUGCCUUCUGGUCUCUGCUCUGACUGUUAUCAUAGGAUUCCAGACAUGUCAUCUGUCCUGCAUUUGGCCGUCAGAACCAAGCAGGAGUGAAACCAGGGACUGUAGCCUGCUCUGUCUGAGCAGGGCUCUGUGUGGCACAGCAAUGAGAACGAGCUUUCUAUCUACUCCUUCCUGUCAUCGCUCAGCUCAAAGCUUUCACAGCUGCUGUCAUUGAACUAAAUUGCUGAUUUUGAAAAUAGUGAUGUGGAGCUGUAUUAAAAGCCUUAUCUUACUGCUAGGUGUCCUCCUAAAUGGUGCUAAAACUUCCAAGCAAAGAGCUUUCUCUGAGGCCAGGCUCACACUACAGGAGUGCUGAAAUCCUCACAGACUGUGUGAAUCGAGGUGCAUCGCUCAUGUCAGGAAAGACUUUGCAGACUUCCUUCUCUCUAGUCUCAGACAUGCACACACUACAGGAUUUAAACAAAGUGGCACAUCACACACUACAGAUGGACUCAGUGACGCUGUAACGCUGAUGGUGCUGGACAGUGAACAAAAACAAAGCAGAAGGAUUCAUACAUUUAAAUAUGUGCAGCACACACGUCCUCCACAGUGGCAGACGGAUGGCAGUCUGGGACUGAAAACGCUUGCAGUUUGAGUCUGCGAGCAUUUCUGGAGGUUUCAGACUAGACCUGUUAACUCCUCACAGUAUCGGGUAAUCUGGGCCCAGCAUCAGUUCAGAAUAAGAUCUCAGACAGGAUUUGUUCUCUCAGUGUCAGGAGGCGUGAAGCGGCAUGGAUUGGCCUGAAGCUCCUGUAGUGUGAGUCCAGUCUGAGCAGAUUUGAUUUAGUUUCAUUAGAUCAGUAAGAAAAUACAGUAGAUUGAAAACAUCUAAAUGAAAUCAUUUAAAACAUUUAAUAUAAAUCAAAAGUACAUUUUAAAUAUAUUACGUGUGGGGUGUUUUUAAUUAACCUCUAAUGAACUGUCAAACAGUCGUGGAUGAGAAGGGCACGUCUGGUUCAGCAGAUUUUGAUGCUUUGGGAGUUUUCUGUUCUUUAUUCUUUUUUCCUCAACCUGGUGAAGCUUCAGGUCAUCUUCAGCUCAACUGAAAUGUAUGUUUUGCACACAAGGAGGACCAUGGGCUUUAUCCCUUGUUACUUAAAGUAGUAAUUGUUUGUGCACUUCACAGCCGGUCCUAACUUUUCACCAGACAGGAGGUGUGGAUGGUUAAGAUGCACAGCAACGUCCACGGCACGGUUCCUGGCAGGGGGCGCUGUUGCACCGCUCACAUUCAAACCUCCCUUCUGUCCUCUGUUUUCUGUAUUUCUCUAAACUGUUAACUAUUCAAGAAAAACAAAUACUUGUAUUGAGAGAGACUUGAAAAACCCCCGCGCAUACUACACAUCUUAGAUGUAUGUGUAUAUAUAUAUGACUGUGUAGUUGAUUCACGAUGACAGAAGAGCAGAGUUAAGAUAAAGUGCUCAUAGAUACAAAGCUAAGUGUACCAUGUAGACAGAACUGCUUCCAUGCGGUAGACACCAGACACCAGUAUAAUCAGUGUCCAGCGGUCAGACCUCUGGACAAACCCAAUCUGUAUUUCAUGGGAAUAUUGUCAGUUGAUCUCAAUCCAAAUGUGAAUACCGUACCAAGCAGUUGACCUGUAGAGCUGAGACACACGUUGGGAUCUGAGAAGUUGUCUCAUUCAGCUGCUUUACAAAGAUCAGCCAUGAACAUAUGCAUAUUUGUGAUUUGUGCCUUUUGUUGUCAACACUAGAUGCACCAUUCCUGGACUGUCACGGGACAGCGUACAAUCCUUCAGCACACCAUGAUUCAGGUUGCACAUUGUGAAUUGGUUUUUCAGCUGUUAAGUCUUGUGGCGUUGUUCAGUAGUUCCCUCAGAUAUCUGUGUAGCUCAUUGAAGAUAUCACAAGGUGUCGGAGAGAUCAGGAACAUGAUUGUCAGAGACCUUUUGUUACUUAAGUAGUGUUAUUUAUUGCCUUAGUCUUCUGUGAUUAUAAACCGUAUGCUUGGCACUACUUUUAGUAGAAGCACCACAAACAAGUGUCAUGUUCUUCUGUUUUCUUCUGGCCACAUUCAGGGAUGUAGACCUACUAAGAUUAUUAGGAACUCAUCAUCAUCAGAUUAUUGUGAUCCAUCAGAACACGAGCACAGUACCACUGUCUAUGUGUGCACUGUUCUUGUAAACGUGCACAUGGCUGGACACCUAAAGCCAAGCUGCAACUUCAUUAUCUACUCUUGUCUCAGUUGUACUUUUCCAUGUGAGCUGCAGGGUUCCUCUAAAGAAAAUCAGAAUUUAUUUGAAAAAACAAAAAAGCUUUAUUUCACCCCAUAGAAACAUUCAUAAUUCACCCAUUAUUGGACACUUUAUUCUCCGUGUAGGCUGAGCUGACUGCUCAGUUGCAUGUUCACCUGAUGUGAGCAUCAUCUGUAUUUCCUCAUAAUGAGCUCUAAUUCUACAUUUCCAGGAAACAUCAGCUGCUGUCACCCUGUCAAAUCAUUACAGACACAACACCGGGUCAACUGCUUUUGGACAUUGACUCCAAAUGCUGUGGAAAAUGGGAGAAAGAAGUUUAGUCAAGGUCCACUGACUUGCAUUUUAGCUUUCAGCCACAUUUCGUGUUAAGUGCCAGAUUAGGGUUAGGGUUAGGGUUAGUGGUCCACUAAUUACAAGGCUGGUGGUUCAAGCUGUCCUUGGGUAGGCCACUGAACCUCCAGGCAGGCGAGCACCUUGCAUCGCAGCGUCGCCACCACCACUACCAUGUGUUAGAGAAUGGGUGAAUGGAAAACACCACAAAGCACUUUCAGUACCACUGAGGUAGAAAGACGCAGAUUGUUCUUCAUCAGUGGAGGAAGUUUGCUCAUGUAGACAUAAUUAAGAAAUAGAAACAAUCAGAAAUAAGAGUGACCCACUCCAUCAACAAGUGAAGACUGUGAGAGAUGCACAACUUCUCAGAAAUAAAGAACGAGUGGGUAGAGAUUAUUGCUGUUUAACUGCCAAAGUCCAGAAAUCAGCUUUCAUGCUCUUAAGAAGGUCUCUGAUCAGUAGGAUGAUUGAUUACUUAUUAAGAGAACAAGGCAUAUUAACAGUUGCACUGAACAGCUGUCCGUCUUGCUGUCGGUUACAGCUGCACUGUAGACGCCAUAACAUCUCUGUUGCAUUCUGGGUAGGGUGUAGGCAGCUCUGUUUCUCUGGAUGUCUUUGCUUUGUCUUUUCUUUUCUUGGGAGAACUUAAAGACAGAUAACAGCUGUACAUUUUUACCAUGCAGAUCCCCCUCACAGUCCUGUACCCGUGUCCUGGCUUUACCCAUGUGCUAUUCACAAGACUGAUGUGAAUGUCUAUAAAUGUGCCAGUAUGCAUUUACAUAUAAAUGGUAUAUAAAAAGCAUUGUAUAUUAUAUAUAAUUUACACUGUUUCAUUUAAAGUCAUGGAAACAACAGAAAACAAGUUCAUUGUGUUUCCUACUUCAGAAACCUGCCAUGAAUGCACAAAUACUGUAUGUUUGUUAGUAUGAUUGCAGAGGAUGAAGAAGUAAAACACUUUCCUGACACUUUUCACUCAUAAAGAAAAAAAGAUGACUCCAGAUAUUGACUAUGUACGUGGAUACACAUACAGUACAGGUGUUUUGCUGUAAAUGCUGUUAUAAGUAAUCAUUUGUUAUACAAGUGUUCCAAGAGUGCACUGGAGUUUACAAGCAGUGCUUAAACGCGUUCUGUAAUUUGUCGUCAAUAAAAUCUUUUCUGAAGAAA